CCUGCUACUGAUCCCUCCCCUGCUGCUGAUCCCUCCCCUGCUGCUAAUCCCUCCCCUGCUGCUAAUCCUUCUCCUGCUGCUAAUCCUUCCCCUGCUGCCGAUCCCGCUCCAGGUGCCACUGCAACAACGUCUGCUAAGUCUUCUGCAUCCCCUACCACUGCGCCUGCUGCAAGUGGUGCAUCUCGUGUUAAUCCAUCUUUCUUCGGUCCUGGCCUCAAUAACCAAGCAGCAAUCCCUGUUAACCCCAUGGUGGUACAACACGCCAACAAAGUGCUUGCCACACACCCACACCUCCGAGUGUUCGUCGAUAUCGAUGGUACGGCGCACUUCACUGACAUAUACGGCCGCGAGGUCGAGGAGGUUUUAGAUCAGUUCGGCCAUGACUUGGCCGAACUCUUGGACGUUCAGGAACAGCAGGAGCGUCUCUUAGAUGCGCGUCAGAAACAGCAGCUCCUCCAAACAGCGACUCGCAACAGAGAAUUUGAGCGCCGUCUCAAACAGCUGGAGUUGCAGCUGAUGAAAGAUUUCCAGACCAACCCCUCAACUUUUGACCCGCCAGCAAGAAUGGGUGCUUCUGGCGCUGGUGGCCACAGAUUUAGUUCGUAAAGUUUAUUCACCGCCCUGACCCUCCCUCACUCUUGCUGUAACUAUUCCCCAUAAGAUCAUCACUUCUUGUCUACCUUAGCAGUGCAUCCGGAAAGUCCUCCCACUUACCUAACUACUGUAAUAUUGACAGUAUGUUGCUUCAUGUUCUUCAUCACCUGAUCGUGCCAACCUUACCACUUGAUCCAACCCAUCAGUUGAACCUAAUAGUCUAUCAUUUCAUUCAUCCAGUGACCUAAUCCUCACGGUUAUCCGUUCUUGCGAGUUUAUCAUUUGAUCCUCCCACUCGCCUCAUCUCCUCAGACUACCAGUUGAUCCUUUCACCCACUUGAUCCUGACGACCUAUUACCUAUUCCUGAACCUCUACCCUGUCCACAUCCUUUCCAUCCUUGUGUUGUCUUACUGUACCGCCAAGUCUUGCACCAACUCUCACCACUACCAGAGGCUACACCUGUCCUCGACAGUGCAAGUCUGACACAAUUAUACACGUAAUAUUUUUAAUUUAUUUAAAGUCAAAAUUACCUUGACAUUUGUAAAACUAUUUCGUAAUAAAUUAUUAAAUAUAUACAAACA